UGAGUCACCUGACCGCUGCCCGCGCCGCCCGCCGGGCUCGCUCGCUGCAGUCAGUCGGGCCGCGCGGCGCCUCGGCUCUGCUUUGAUGACGACGAGAAGCAUGCUUUCACUGGACCGCCCGACACCGUUUGCUACGCAGAAUGUCUCUGAGUGAGAACGCGGUGUUUGCCUACGAGUCUUCGGUGCAUAGCACCAACGUGUUGCUCGGCCUCAACGACCAGCGGCAGAAGGACGUGCUAUGCGACGUCACCGUCCUGGUGGAGGGCCAGCGCUUCCGUGCCCACCGGUCGGUGCUGGCGGCAUGCAGCAGCUACUUCCACUCGAGAGUCGUUGGCCAGGCCGACGCAGAGCUUAGCAUUCCUCUGCCGGAAGAGGUGACAGUUAAAGGAUUUGAACCUUUAAUUCAGUUUGCCUACACUGCCAAACUGAUUUUAAGUAAGGACAAUGUGGAUGAAGUGUGCAAGUGUGUGGAAUUUUUAGGUGUUCGUGAUAUAGAGGAGUCCUGCUUCCAGUUUCUGAAAUUUAAGUUUUUGGACUCCACUGCAGACCAGCAAGAAUGCCUCAGAAAGAAAUGCAUCCCUGCACGCUGUCAGAAAGCAGACCUUAAAUUCUCACUUUUGGACCAGAGGGAUUUAGAAAUUGACGAAGUGGAGGAAUUUUUGGAAAACAAAAAUGUCCAGCCCCCUCAAUGGAAACUGCAUAGGUAUCAAAGCGGUGCAAAGGCAUCAUCUCCUCUACAAGACAGUGCCAGUCAAACCUGUGAAUCCAUGUGCUUAGAAAAGGAUGCUGCUCUGGCUUUGCCAUCUUUAUGCCCCAAGUACAGGAAAUUCCAAAAAGCAUUUGGAACGGACAGAGUCCGUACUGUGGAAUCCAGUGUCAAAGACGUUCAUGCUUCUCCUGCUCAGCCCAACGAGACCUCUGAAAAUGAAUGUCUGGGAGUCCAGGAGUGUGCGGAUCUGCAGGUGAUUUUAAAAUGUGAAGAAAGUAAAUUAGGAAUGGAACAUGAAGAAACCAAGAAGAAAGAGCCUGCUUCUCAGUGCCCAUCAGAAAAGCCAGAAGUGACUCCUUUCCCCCACAAUUCUUCUGCAGCCCCUCACGGGCUCUAUUCUCUGUCUCUUUUACACACCUACGACCAAUAUGGUGACUUGAAUUUUGCUGGAAUGCAGAACGCAGCAGUGUUAACAGAAAAGCCUUUGUUGGGUACAGAUGUUCGGGAAGAGAGAACUUUCGGUGAAAGUCAGGAUUUACAUUUGAAACCUGACUCGGGCCCCAGGGAAGAUAGUAGCCUUGCCUCCAGCGAUCGGAGCAGCGUGGAGCGGGAAGUGGCAGAACACCUAGCAAAGGGCUUCUGGAGUGACAUUUGCAGCACAGAUUCCCCUUGCCAAAUGCAGUUAUCACCUGCCGUGGCCAAAGAUGGCUCCGAACAGAUCUACUCCCAGAAACGGUCUGAGUGUCCCUGGUUAGGUAUCAGAAUCAGUGAGAGCCCGGAACCGGGUCAGAGGACUUUCACAACGUUAAGUUCCGUCAACUGCCCUUUCAUAAGUACUCUGAGUACCGAAGGCUGUUCUAGCAAUUUGGAAAUUGGAAACGAUGAGUAUGUUUCAGAACCCCAGCAGGAGCCUUGCCCGUAUGCUUGCGUCAUUAGCUUGGGAGAUGACUCGGAGACGGAUACUGAAGGUGACAGCGAGCCCUGUUCGGCCAGAGAACAAGACUGCGAGGUGAAGCUGCCAUUUAAUGCACAACGAAUAAUUUCACUCUCUCGAAAUGAUUUUCAAUCCUUGUUGAAAAUGCACAAGCUGACCCCAGAGCAGCUCGAUUGUAUCCAUGACAUUCGAAGGAGAAGUAAAAACAGAAUUGCUGCACAGCGCUGCCGCAAGAGAAAACUUGACUGCAUACAGAAUCUUGAAUCAGAAAUCGAGAAGCUGCAAAACGAAAAGGAGAGCCUGCUGAAAGAGAGAGAUCACAUUCUGUCAACUCUGGGUGAGACGAAGCAGAACCUCACCGGACUUUGCCAGCAAGUCUGUAAAGAGGCAGCGCUGAGUCAAGAACAGAUACAGAUACUCGCCAAGUACUCAGCUUCAGACUGCCCCCUUUCGUUUUUACUUUCUGAAAAAGGAAAAAGUACUCCUGAUGGUGAACUUGCAUUACCAUCCAUCUUGAGUUUACCCGAGGGGCCCCCCGUGGUGGGAGAGCCAGGCCCUCGCCAUCCCAGCGCCAAGGGCGGGGGGUCGGCGGGCUGUGCGCCCGGCCCGGAGCCCCGGCUCGCCGCUGCCCCCGAGCAGGCCGGCCCCGCGGACCCAGGUCGGCAGGGGGGUGGCAUCUCUGAUUUCUGCCAGCAGAUGACAGACAAAUGUACUACUGAUGAGUAACCUCACAUUCACUUCCUGCACACCGUCUCGUUCUCCGCUGCAGUUGUGACGACUUCCGAGCAUAACACAGCCUCUGGCUCUUAACAGUAUUGGCCAUUGGCCCCUGCUAGCUUGGCUAUUAAGAGAAUUCCUCUGAAGCCAAUCCUGACUUUCCUUUGAUUUCCAUGAGGUGCAGAAACUACACAUCCCCCCGGAUCCUAAAAAAUCACUUGUGAAACUGGAGUAAGGCUUCAAAAACUACGUUUUAAAGAAUAAUCACUAUUAGUAGUAACUCUUCCCAGUAUGCGAAAUGAAUUUGACAGUGAAAACUGCAGCGUAACAAAGGUUUAACAGCUUGAAGCAUCCGCAGAGAGUUCCUGUAAAGAAGUGGCCUGCAAAGUUUCACAACCCAACCUUUUGCCCUCCACUGGUUUAAAAGGAAAUGCUGCCCCCACCCCCCAUGUCAUGCUGCUAGAGCUCAGCUCUGCCUUGCAGUGGGAUGUCAGCCGUCUGGGGACUUGUGUAGAGCUGCAGUGUGAGAAGCGUGGUCGUGCCCGAAUCCUGGAGCCUUGCUCUUCCCCCACCACCACCAGGGCUCGCUGAGCCUGCGCUGCGACCCCGGAGCACGUUGGGAAUACGCAGGGGACAGAGGCACGUGGUGGCCCCGGGCAGAGGCUUCGGCUGCUCCUCAGUGUCGACCUCGGAAAUGCUGGCUGCGUAAACAGCAGAGAAGUGUCAUUCCUCCUUUGUUUUUUCUCUGCAGUCUCCACCACAGCUGGGUCCAUCAUGAUCUUUCCGGUUCCUGCCAUUCUCGUCCUUCUGGAAGAAGUAGGACUUGGGACACAGUGGCAUGAGGGGCCUCCCUGGACUACCGGAGAGCUUCCCCAAAUACAAGGCUGUCUGCCUUCCCGCCACAGGUCAGCACCCAGACAUCACGGGGAAAGAAAACUGCUUACAUUUAUCAGUAGUGGCAGUUCAUCUUCCAUCCUGUUUUUGAAGUCCCGUGGUUUACUUGUAAACAGCAUUAUUGUAGAUGAAACAUAUCUACACACAGCCGUGCAGGUUUGUGAAAUAGGAUGGAGCUCAGUCUCGUUCUGUUGUGGGUUUGAAUCUGGAAACCAGACUUAAUCUUUUUCCCCUCCCCCAAAACUGGUAUAUAAGGGCACACAAAUCACUUUGACUUGGGCAUUUUGUAAUCGAAUCGGUCUUUGUGUUCAUUCAAUCCUGGUUUAAAAUAAAGCUUUUAUAGUCUUAGCACUAACGCCCCAACAUUUUGCAGUGGCUCUUAAGCCAUUUUGGUGUUACAGGCUUGUUUGAGAGUCCGGUAUAUUUACAGACCAUGGACCUUCUCAAUGUUUGUGUUUGUUUUUUUUUAAUUGCAUAUAUUCACAUUUGCAGAACCUAGUUUCAAAGGGUACACAUACACAGGAGUAAUUUAUCAUGUUUGGAUUGGAAAAGUACUUAAUUUCACCAAGAGAAAACUUGCCUGCAUACAGAAUCUCGAAUCAGAAUACCUGAGAGAGAAGCUUAUCGAUUGCAUCCCGAGUCUUGUGAAGGACCUAUGUAGUUAACGUGGCAGUCGAGCAUCCGUCCCACAGGAGUGAGUCUAUAGCAAGUAGACCUUUGCCGUGACUGCAUAUGGGGACCAGAGUUAAUAUGUAUCAAAUGUUACCCUUUUCAAAGGGUGGGCGGGGAGGGCGGGCAGAUACUGCUAGUAUAUUUUCAGUGGUUUGUAGGUUAUCUCUGCUAUUGACUUAGUUGUAAGAGAAAACUAGUUGGGUUUGUUUAUUUUCUAGAGGCUUUUAUAAGAGUACUUAAGAACUUGUCAGGGAGAAUAAUUCUAUGAUAAUACAUCCCAUACUACAGAAGAAUUGUGUGUGUAUACCUAUAUAUAUGUAUAGAUAUAUAGAUAAUAUCCCCAUGUACCUAGCUCUUUGAUACUUGUAAUUUAAAAUUUUAACUCCAAAAUAUAAAAUAAUAUAAAAACUUCUCUGGUUUACAAAAUGUAAAAUCUUAUACAAACCAAUGGAAUCCUUGAUUUCCUACCUCAGUGUCCACUCAACUGUUUGUCAUAUCAAUUUGUGUAUGUGCAGAUGUCACAUAACCUUUUGCUUUAAUGGCUACUGUAAAUAACUGCUUUGAAAGGUUACUUAAUAUUUUAUGAUGCAACCUAGUUGUCUCCAGAACUGAACUAUGAUUUUUAAGACACUUGGUUUAGAUUUCUCUCUACAUAUAAAUAGUUUAGCAUUAAGGGUUUAUUUUGACGAUAUUCUGAUUAUCGGCCAAGUGUGAUAUUUUGUAAAAUACAGCAUUACUUUUAAUAGCCAGCAUGUAAUACAAGUAACCACACUACCUCAUACCUACAUGAUUUUCAAAUUGUAGUACAGAGGGACAGAGAGAUAAAAGAUUUUAUCUUUGUUUUUCAGCCAUAAGGUAGGGAAGUUUUCUAUAUAUUGCAUAGCAUUACACAUUUAUGCCUAUUUUAACAUUAACUUCUAAAGAAGUUUUUUUCUAAGAAAGUUUGUUUUGAGGUUUUUUUUUUUUGUUUUUUGUUUUUUUUUUUGAGGCUGCCGAAGACAAAUGACAGGAUUAUGUAUAUACAGUGUAUAUCUUUUCCUUCAUGCAGAAUUUUGGAAAGGUUGUUUUCAGUUUGUAUAUGGCAUAUUUACACGAUCAUUGUUCCUUAUUUUAUGAAUUGGGCUUCUCAGUGCUUGAUGUUUUUUUUUUAAAAAAAACUGUUAUGUCUAACUCCGUAAAAUAACAUUACCUUAAAAUUGUUUUCAUUGUUUGAAUUCUACAGCUAUAGCAAAUAAUUUGUUGUCUAAUUGUUAAGUUCAAAACAAAUAUGGUUAUAAAUUAAAUCUUGGUUCUCCAUCUGUAAAUUUUAUAACCUAACUGUAGCUUAAUGCUUAACCAAUUUUAAAUAAGGAACUAAAUAUAUUUGAUGCAGUAGACGAUACAGGUUGCAUGUGGAUACUUUGCCACAUUAACAACUUGGGGAAAAAAAAAACAAAUGGCAAUGCUAUAAUAAAUUCUCAGGUGAACUUUUUUCAGUUUUGAAACAUCUAUUUUGAAUCUGUAAAUAUUUUAAGUGUUUUAUUAGGCAUGUAAUAAACUAUUCUUUGAACUCUAUUGGGCAGAUUGAAAAUUUAAAGCCAUAAUGGUAAAAGGUGGCAUACUGAUGGUGAAAUAAACAGAAAUAAUAACAUCUAUUGAUUUUUUUUGUAUCUUUCAUAAUACAAUUUUCUAAUAAUGCAAUAAAACCACUAAAUUUAUAUACCCAGA